GCUUCAGACAGGCACUAUAGUCAAACAGAGAAGGGUUGGAAACAGUCAGAGAACUAGUUUGUGCUACAACAUUAUUAUAUAAUAUUAUCUUUUCUGUCAUGGAGUCAACGGAGAAGCAUCAGCGUUCCCUAUCAUUUACAUGCGGUGUCCUUGUGUUGUUUCUUCAGCUGCGAUUGGGUUUGACGGGAGACUGCCCUGCAGAUGGACGCACCUGGGUGCCAUUUGGAGACGGGUGUUACCACUUUGUCCAUGGAGCAGAAGACAAAAUCAAAAGCUACACUUUUGAUAGAGCAAAAACUCUCUGCCAAGGGUUUGAGCUUUUGACCAUCCAGAGUGCUGAGGAGAAUGACUUUGUCUUUAAAUAUAGCCCAGAGGUCUGGAAAAACAAUGUCAACAUUUGGCUGGGGAUGUAUUAUGACACAAACAGUGACAACAUGAAGUGGUUUGGUGAGAAACCUGUAGGAUUCAGUAACUGGGAGGACAGCUCUUCCCCAUCAGACCUUAUGCCCUUGGAUACAUGUGUGGCCCUGCACACCAACACAGGAAAAUGGGAAAAUGUCAGCUGCCUGGAACAGGCAGAGAAUGGAGUGGUCUGCGAAACAGAUCAAAAGGCAGAGGAAGUCAAGCAGAAACCCAGUGCGCUGCUGUCUGCUCUGGUCAUUCUCAGCGUGGUGGCCAUCAUGGGAGUCUCCGCAGUUAUUUGGUUCCUUCACCAGAAGCGCAAUCUAGGUACCUCUAUCUUCACGCCCUUUGAAUACCACCCUCCAUUCCGAGUCCUGGACUCAGACCGGUCCUGCCUGGUGGAGGCAGAGGAGAAUGACAACGUGCCAUAGGAGCACUUACUCUCUGUUUCACAAAAGGAAGCACCUACAGUACCUAAUAGGUGGGUGUUCAUGCAUGGAGAAGUUCAAUCUAAAAAAACAGUUAAUGAACUAGUGUUUGGUUAACACAUAUCAAUAUUACGACUCACAAUAUAAAUCUGCCUGCAGGCUUACUCUAAUACUAACCUAUCAUUGCGGCACAUAAACAUCCCACUACUUCUGCUCUUCUUCGCAAACCAAGCGCAAAGGGAUUAAAUACACUUUUUUGUGAGUUAGUGAGACUAACAAGAUGGAGAUUGUACUAUUAGGGUCAACUGAUGCAGCGACACAAUGCCAUCCAUUACAGUUUUCCUUCAUGUCUUUCCCGGUUAAAGCAGCAUUCAGAGAAACAGGUAUUAUCAAUCACAAGCUAUCAGGGACACAUGUAAAUAGCUUGAUCCAAACAAAAGCUUGAGUAAUUGCCACGUUACUCCACGCAUGUAAAUGUUGUUUUGCACAGUCCGUAAAGCAGAUUCUUUAUAAAUAUAUUUUUUGUAAUGGAAAGCUGUCCUAAGCCAAUACUGCCAGAGAAUGUACUUUGUCAUUUCCUUGCAUUUUAUCCUGUGCUUGAGUUUAUAUUGUGACAAGACUAAAACAAAUAUAGCCAGUAAAAUCACAACACUGAAGAUGUCUUCAUUUAUUCCAGAGUUUAUAUUAUAUAUUAUUAAUCUACAUUGCCAGUCCUUUAUGCACUGUUUACCCUGUUGAAAGAUGCAAAAUAUAUAUAUAUAUAAAAAACUAUAUAAAUAUUUCCUGCCACAUGAAAUCCAAUUAUUGAAUUAUCUGUGCUUUAUUUCUUAGGAGUGCCCUAAUGAUUUUGUUAGUGGAAAAAGUAACUCCUCCUGUGAACAUUAAUGAUAAUCAAUACUUGGCUGUGUGAUGGGUAUACUCCAGAAUGAUGACACUUUAUUACAUUGUGUAAAAUAGGCUUCUUAAUACAGUUGAUUAUUAUUUUUUGCAAUACUUGAGGAUAAUUUGUUUGUAUCUGAGCCCCUUUGUGCUUUUCAUAAUAAAGUAUGUUUGACUAUUA